AUGACCAAUGCUGUGGCGGCAAAGAACGAAGUGAUCAAGCAGUUGGUGGAGCUGGGGAAAUACGACGAGAUCGCGGUAAAGUUGCGCCAGCAGUUGUACGAGACCGGGUGGAUCAAGGAGUUGAAGGACAAAAUCUCGGUGGAGCUCCACAGUACCGCGAACUUGAACUUCACCAACAUCAUGGAACAACUCGAUCUCGACGAAUUGUACAACCAGAAGAUGGAUGCCAAAGUGAAGCAGGUGGUGGUGGGAGAAUUGUACCGGUUCUUGAUGGACAACUUUGAAGUUGUCGACUGA